UCGUUUGAGAGAUUAAGUGCAGGAUUAAGCAGCAACAAUACAGUUUGAGAGAUUAAGUGCAAGAUUAAGCAGCAACGACAUCAUUUGAGAGAUUAAGUGCAGGAUUACAGUAAUGUUUUCUGUCAAAAUACUUUCCCUGAUGUUUUCUAUCUCAAAUGCUAAGUUGAAUAAGAAGAAAUCAAAAAAAAAAAAAAUUAGUUUUCAGUAAUGUGGUUCAUUUACUGUUAAAAACAAUGCCAAGCUUAAAAUUGAAUCCCCAUUGAUCAAUUGUGGAAAUAAUUAAAGAUUAUUGAUGUAUUUUGCUGUUCAUUAAGGAAAAAGAAAAAGGUUUAUUUAGAAUUUUUAUUCAUAUAUUUUGAUGUUCCUUAAGCAUAAAAAAAAGAGAAAUAAUCGAUUCGAUCGUCCAUCAAUGAGUGGUUAAAACUUCGAACUUCAAACCGAGUGAAAGAAAAUUUCUACCAGAGCAACAUAAAGCUUUAGCAAUGGAGACAAGACUCUCUGCAUCUCUGGGUCUCCCUUCUUCUGACUUAAAUCAUCCGCCAAUCAACACCAACUUCGCCUCCCUUUUCACCCAUUUCAUCACUCUCACUUCAUCUCCGGAAAACCCUCAAAAACCCCUCAAACCUCUCCUACAUCACCUCUCGUUUGCUUCUGCCUCCAUUUCUGCAGAUCCUCAAACUGCAAAACCCACCAAGUUUCGUUUUCCGCUCCCUUUCGCCAAUUUAAUUGAAUCCCAGCAACCCAAAUCGCCUAAAUUCCCCAAAUGGCUAGAACCCAGAUCAAGAAACAGCUCCAAAGCCCAAACCCUUAUGAAAAACUUAUCUGUCUUCGAAAGAGCUCUAAUCGGUGCAGGUGGUGGUGGAAUUGCCGGUGCAUUUACUUACGUAUGCCUUCUCCCACUCGAUACCAUCAAAACCAAAAUGCAGACAAAGGGUGCUUCCGAGAUUUAUGCUAGCACCUUUGAUGCAGUAGUCAAAACUUUCCAGACGAAUGGUAUUCUUGGAUUUUACAGAGGAGUUUCAGCUGUUAUUGUAGGUUCAACGGCUUCUUCAGCUGUUUAUUUUGGGACAUGUGAGUUUGGGAAGUCUUUUUUGUCCAAAUUGGAGUGUCCAGCUUUGCUAAUUCCUCCAACUGCUGGUGCUAUGGGAAAUAUUGUUUCAUCAGCUAUAAUGGUACCCAAAGAGUUGAUUACUCAAAGAAUGCAAGCUGGUGCUAAAGGAAGCUCAUGGCAAGUCUUGUUAAGAAUUUUAGAAAAAGAUGGGAUUUUGGGUCUUUAUGCUGGUUACUCAGCUACAUUGUUGAGGAAUUUGCCUGCUGGGGUGUUAAGUUAUUCCUCGUUUGAGUAUUUAAAAGCUGCGGUUUUGAGAAAGACAAAACAGACUAAUUUGGAGCCAAUUCAGAGUGUUUGUUGCGGUGCUUUGGCUGGUGCAAUUUCAGCUUCUUUGACUACUCCUCUCGAUGUCGUGAAAACAAGGUUGAUGACUCAGGUCCAUGGGAAUAAAGUUGCUGCUGCUAUGUAUAGUGGGGUUAAUGCGACGGUGAAGCAGAUUUUCAAGGAGGAAGGUUGGAUUGGUUUGACUAGUGGACUGGGGCCUAGAGUUGUUCAUAGUGCUUGUUUUUCAGCUUUGGGCUAUUUUGCAUUUGAGACUGCCAGGCUUGCAAUUUUGCAUCAGUAUCUGGAGCACAAGGAGAAAGAGUUGUCCAAAAUCAGUGUUGCACCGGCUUGAGUUACAUUUAGUGGUGAUAAUGCUAAUUUUUAUCACUGUUUUGUUAAAUUUGUUUUGUUGCCAUGUUGUGUAGUGCAAAGAAACUGAUUUUUGGCAUUGCAUUUCUUGGUUAGAGUUUCAUUUUUUUUUCUACUGAUAUAUAUCAAUUUAAAAUAAGUUUGAUUAAUGCACCAAUGUAUGAAGAACCUUCUUAUUCUAUAUUACCUCAGAUUCAAUAUGCUGCUGAA